AUGUUAAUUUUCUUUGUUCCAUUUAUAAUUUCAGACUGCCAUGAAGGAUCAGUCUAUGAUAUUCCUUCAAGUGUUACAUCAAUUGAAGAUUCUGCAUUUUCUGGUUGUUCUAGUCUUACAAGUAUAACAAUUCCUUCAAGUGUUACAUCAAUCGGAAAUUCUGCAUUUUCUGAUUGUAAACGUCUUACAAGUAUAACAAUUCCUUCAAGUGUUACAUCAAUCGGAAAUUCUGCAUUUUCUGAUUGUAAACGUCUUACAAGUAUAACAAUUCCUUCAAGUGUUACAUCAAUCGGAAAUUCUGCAUUUUCUGAUUGUAAACGUCUUACAAGUAUAACAAUUCCUUCAAGUGUUACAUCAAUCGGAAAUUCUGCAUUUUCUGAUUGUAAACGUCUUACAAGUAUAACAAUUCCUUCAAGUGUUACAUCAAUCGGAAAUUCUGCAUUUUCUGAUUGUAAACGUCUUACAAGUAUAACAAUUCCUUCAAGUGUUACAUCAAUCGGAAAUUCUGCAUUUUCUGAUUGUAAACGUCUUACAAGUAUAACAAUUCCUUCAAGUGUUACAUCAAUCGGAGAUUCUGCAUUUUCUGAUUGUAAACGUCUUACAAGUAUAACAAUUCCUUCAAGUGUUACAUCAAUCGGAGAUUCUGCAUUUUCUGAUUGUAAACGUCUUACAAGUAUAACAAUUCCUUCAAGUGUUACAUCAAUCGGAAAUUCUGCAUUUUCUGAUUGUAAACGUCUUACAAGUAUAACAAUUCCUUCAAGUGUUACAUCAAUCGGAAAUUCUGCAUUUUCUGAUUGUAAACGUCUUACAAGUAUAACAAUUCCUUCAAGUGUUACAUCAAUCGGAAAUUCUGCAUUUUCUGAUUGUAAACGUCUUACAAGUAUAACAAUUCCUUCAAGUGUUACAUCAAUCGGAAAUUCUGCAUUUUCUGAUUGUAAACGUCUUACAAGUAUAACAAUUCCUUCAAGUGUUACAUCAAUCGGAAAUUCUGCAUUUUCUGAUUGUAAACGUCUUACAAGUAUAACAAUUCCUUCAAGUGUUACAUCAAUCGGAGAUUCUGCAUUUUCUGAUUGUAAACGUCUUACAAGUAUAACAAUUCCUUCAAGUGUUACAUCAAUCGGAAAUUCUGCAUUUUCUGAUUGUAAACGUCUUACAAGUAUAACAAUUCCUUCAAGUGUUACAUCAAUCGGAAAUUCUGCAUUUUCUGAUUGUAAACGUCUUACAAGUAUAACAAUUCCUUCAAGUGUUACAUCAAUCGGAGAUUCUGCAUUUUCUGAUUGUAAACGUCUUACAAGUAUAACAAUUCCUUCAAGUGUUACAUCAAUCGGAAAUUCUGCAUUUUCUGAUUGUAAACGUCUUACAAGUAUAACAAUUCCUUCAAGUGUUACAUCAAUCGGAGAUUCUGCAUUUUCUGAUUGUAAACGUCUUACAAGUAUAACAAUUCCUUCAAGUGUUACAUCAAUCGGAAAUUCUGCAUUUUCUGAUUGUAAACGUCUUACAAGUAUAACAAUUCCUUCAAGUGUUACAUCAAUCGGAAAUUCUGCAUUUUCUGAUUGUAAACGUCUUACAAGUAUAACAAUUCCUUCAAGUGUUACAUCAAUCGGAAAUUCUGCAUUUUCUGAUUGUAAACGUCUUACAAGUAUAACAAUUCCUUCAAGUGUUACAUCAAUCGGAAAUUCUGCAUUUUCUGAUUGUAAACGUCUUACAAGUAUAACAAUUCCUUCAAGUGUUACAUCAAUCGGAAAUUCUGCAUUUUCUGAUUGUAAACGUCUUACAAGUAUAACAAUUCCUUCAAGUGUUACAUCAAUCGGAAAUUCUGCAUUUUCUGAUUGUAAACGUCUUACAAGUAUAACAAUUCCUUCAAGUGUUACAUCAAUCGGAAAUUCUGCAUUUUCUGAUUGUAAACGUCUUACAAGUAUAACAAUUCCUUCAAGUGUUACAUCAAUCGGAAAUUCUGCAUUUUCUGAUUGUAAACGUCUUACAAGUAUAACAAUUCCUUCAAGUGUUACAUCAAUCGGAAAUUCUGCAUUUUCUGAUUGUAAACGUCUUACAAGUAUAACAAUUCCUUCAAGUGUUACAUCAAUCGGAAAUUCUGCAUUUUCUGAUUGUAAACGUCUUACAAGUAUAACAAUUCCUUCAAGUGUUACAUCAAUCGGAGAUUCUGCAUUUUCUGAUUGUAAACGUCUUACAAGUAUAACAAUUCCUUCAAGUGUUACAUCAAUCGGAAAUUCUGCAUUUUCUGAUUGUAAACGUCUUACAAGUAUAACAAUUCCUUCAAGUGUUACAUCAAUCGGAAAUUCUGCAUUUUCUGAUUGUAAACGUCUUACAAGUAUAACAAUUCCUUCAAGUGUUACAUCAAUCGGAGAUUCUGCAUUUUCUGAUUGUAAACGUCUUACAAGUAUAACAAUUCCUUCAAGUGUUACAUCAAUCGGAAAUUCUGCAUUUUCUGAUUGUAAACGUCUUACAAGUAUAACAAUUCCUUCAAGUGUUACAUCAAUCGGAAAUUCUGCAUUUUCUGAUUGUAAACGUCUUACAAGUAUAACAAUUCCUUCAAGUGUUACAUCAAUCGGAGAUUCUGCAUUUUCUGGUUGUUCUAGUCUUACAAGUAUAACAUUAAAAACACCUCAAGAUAUCUCUGGUUCUAUCUCAUCUAAUGCCUUUGCCAAUUGUCCAAUUCAAGAAUUAAUUUAUGAAAACGAAGGAUUCACACUCAUUAAUUUUUUGUCUCUCAAAGAAACAGUCACAACAAUAAAAUUCGAUUUUUUACAUACAAAUACAAAUAAACGACUUAAUGAAGAGAAACAUUUGCCAUCACUUUUAAAUUUCAACAAAUUAAUCAAUAUCUCAAUAGGAAAUAUCAAUGAUUACACUAUUCCUUCAUCAUUUAUUAAUGUUAAUAAUGUAAAAAUCUUUAUUUCAAAUGAUAUUCAGUCAAUUAAUUCUCAGGCAUUUUCAAGUAUCAUAAGACAAAUUACGGAAAGUGAACUCAAACAAAAAGUGACACAAUGCAUUUGCCAACCAAAUAACUUUACAAAGCAAAAACUUAAAUUACUUGUCAAGCUUACUAUUCUUAUUUUAACAAUUAAAAAAUUAAAUUUUAUUUUUUAUUUAAAAAAAUCAUCUUAUAUCAUCUGA